UCGAGGAAGAAGGUUCCAGAUUUGACAUUUGUAAGCGUGUGUCAGAGCUGCUGUGAAGAGACAUCGGAUGCGCAAUGUCCCAACAGUCUGAGACAGGUUUCACGAAUCCUGGACGGUCAGGACAAAAAGUCUUGGGUCCCAUGGGAAUUGACUACAUUCCCACUGAGGAAGAGAGGAGAGUCUUCAGGGAUUGCAAUCACGAGAGCUUCUGGUACAGAUCUGUACCUAUAUCAGUCAUCAGCAUGGCUCUUACUCAGUUCCUGAUCUCUAGACGUGCACUUACAGCUUCGGGUAGAUUUGGCUCUUUGCCCAAAGUAGCAUUUGCUGGUGUUUGUGGCUACCUCGGAGGAAAGAUGUCAUAUAUGAAGACUUGUACUGAGAAGUUCAAGAGGUUGGAGAAUUCUGCACUGGGAGAGGCACUAAGACAGAGAGAGCAGCAUCGCCUGCCAAUGCUUCCUCGCGAGCAGCCUGAGUUAAGUGAUCCAGACAAAACUCAGUCAUUCUCCUAUGAGAAAGAUGUCACUUACAGCGACUCCAUGACCUCAGCAUUUGACAUCCAACUCUCUGAGCCAUCGCACGUUGAGGAGGACGUACAAAAGAAACCCAUUCUGUACGAAGAGCUACGGACUCGCAACAGAGAGAACUAUGAUAUCACAGUGACUCAGAAAGCAGGUGUACCGCUAAAGCAUCCGGCUGACGUCGCACCGUCCAAAAAAGGAAAGAAGAAUAUAUAUGGAGACACGUGGGAGGAGUGAGAGUCGCUCUAGAUUCACUAGCUGCUAUUUAAAAAUGUUCUGUGCUUUAGUUAACAAAAGUGUUUUAAAAUGAAGUUGUAAAGUGUGUGUAUGUGAGCAAUGCUUGUGCAUUUACAUGACAUAACUAUGCAGUUGCUAAGGUGUUUGAAAUCAUUAUUAUAUAAUUAUAAAACAUACUAUAUAUCUCUACAUUUAUAUAUGAAAGGAAAUAAAAUAAAAAUCAAGUUGG